AUGGCUGCUGCUGCUGCUGCUGCUGCUGCUGCUGCUGCUGCUGCUGCUGCUGCUGCUGCUGCUGCUGCUGCUGCUGCUGCUGCUGCUGCUGCUGCUGCUGCUGCUGCUGCUGCUGCUGCUGCUGCUGCUGCUGCUGCUGCUGCUGCUGCUGCUGCUGCUGCUGCACAUAAAUUCACUCACCGGUCACCACUGUCCAGGCAGUAG